AUGGUAUUUGUAAAAUCAGUUGAUGCCUCAGAUAUUGUGAAGAGUCCUAGAAACUUAUUUAAAUUGUUUGAUGAAGUAGUUACAUGGGUUGGUCCAAAAAACAUAGUUUACAUGGUUACUGAUAAUGCUUCCAAUUAUGUAUCUGCUGGUAAAUUGUUGUGUGAAAAGUAUAAAACUAUUAGUUGGUCUCCUUGUGCAGCACAUUGCCUGAAUCUUGUGUUGCAGGAUAUGGGAGACAUGCCUCAUGUGGAGAGACUCAAAAAACGUGCAUUCAAAGUUACAGUUUUUAUUUAUAAUCAUGUGGCUUUGAUUGCUUGGUUGAGGAAGAAACCUGGUUGGACAGAUAUUGUACGUGUAGGAGCAACAAGAUUUGCUACUACUUUCCUUUCAUUUGGAAGUCUUCAUGUGCAUAAGCAUGACUUGCAAGCCUUAGUGACUAGCAAGUUCUUUGUGGACAAUAGAUUAGCAAGAGAGUCAAAAGCAAAAGAAGUAGUUUCUAUCAUUUUAAAUAAUUCUUUUUGGGAUGAUAUUAAUGUUCUUGUCAAGAUUUCAUUGCCACUCAUUCGUUUGUUACGGAUUGUUGAUUCUGAUCAAAGGCCUGCAAUAGGAUAUGUGUAUGAGGGCAUGCAUAGAGCACGGUUGGGAAUCAAGAAGAUCUUCCGAAUGAAGAAGCACUUGUACAAGCCAUACACCUCAAUUAUAAAAAACCGUUGGGACAAACAUUUGCGUAAAGAUCUUCAUGCUACUGCAUAUUGGUUAAAUCCCGCUUUUCAAUAUGAUGAGGAGAAUUUAUGUCGAAAACCAGCAGUAUAUAUGGCUGUUUUGGACUACAUUGGGACAAAAUAUGAUGGUGACAAAGAAAAGCUUUGA